AUGACGCAAUCAUCAUACCUGAUGGCUUUUAUACGGAGUCUAAUGGAGAAUAGCUCUAUGGACAUCCGAGAAAAGAAAAAACGUCAACUAGAGAAAGAUUUUACAGAGACGGGAGCAGUUCUUAAUAUAUGUCUUACCGAAAAAUUUGGUGAUGUUAACAAAAUACUAAACACCUAUGGACUUGUUUCACAGCGUGUCAGGGAUAACAAAACUUCCGUUGCUAAAAUACAAAGGGACCUUAUAGAUUGUAAAAGUUUGUUAUAUUGCAACAGGGAGGAAUUAAGAAGACUCUGGCUAGAACUUGUUGAACAGAGACGUUGUUUAGAAUUGGUAGAUCAGGUGGAUCGUUUGCGUUCUACUCCAGAUGCAUUGAGCUGUUUAGUAGCUGCUCGCGCCUGGUCUGAAGCAACCUAUUUAAUGAUCAACUCUAGUUUUAUGCUUGAAUCUGAAAUCGCUUCAAUACCUGCAGUUCAAGCACUUAAAACUGAUAUGGCACAUAAAAACAAGUUUCUUAUAGAUGAGCUUAAGAAAGAAUUAAAUCGUUUAUUGUAUGAGAAACCGCUUACUCUGGCUUUAGAUUCACAAUCGAAGAAUUUUUCACGUGAUAAAUUGGAUACAUUUAAUUUUCGCAAGUCAAUAAAUUAUCCAUCUGACUCGAAAGAAUCUUCUAUCUCAUUGAAUACAGCUGCUGUUACACAUUUUGUUAGUUUACCGCUUUCUGAUUGGCAUAGUACAUCUGUUGAUGAACCAAUAGUUGAUACUAACCUCUAUAAAGAACCUCGUACAGUUGCAACAUCUAUUGCUCUAUCAUCAGCAGCUUCACAUGGAAAUAAUUCAAAUAUUCAUAGUCAACAAUCACAACAACAUACCACCUUAUCUCAUUCUGAUUGGAUACGAGAGAUUGUAGCUGUGGCACAUUGUCUUAUGCGUUUACGAAAAUUGUCACAGUAUCUUGGUGAUUGGCGGCCUCAAUCUCAUAUUUCACACAUCUCUGGAGUUAGUCAUGCUUUCUCAGCACCACUUAUUCUUGGUCAAGGUUUAGUUGGUGAAAUUCAUCGUUCAAUUGUUCUAAAAAUUAGUAAAACAAUUGAAAAUAGAGCAAUUGCUCAAAAUGAUACUACCCCAUUAUCAGAAAUGAAUUCUACUAGAUAUCUGAUUCAAUUAUUGGAGUUAGUUUUCGAUGCAUUAUUUAUGCAGGCUAGAGCAUGUCUGCUUGUAUUACGCACUGUGAAUACAGUUAAGCAAAAACAUAUUCGAGCUUCAAAUGAAUUAGAAGGUUUGACAAGUAAAUAUAUCUGGUCUUGUGUACAACAUGAGGUUUAUUGUAUUUUAUUAACACAUUUAGAUAAUAUUUCACCAGUUGAUUUGAAUGAAGCAUCACUUGCUUUAACUAAAAGUGGUUUACUUAAACUACAACUAUUCAAUAACAAUAAUAAUAAUAAUAUUGGUGAUAUUACAAGUUGUAAUGAUAAUUCAAAUCCUCUAAUGGAUCCAUCAAAAGUUGACUUGAAUACAUUAAUGGGUCGUAAACGAAUUGGUGCAUUUCACUUUCCAACUGGUUCAAAUACUACUUCUACUACUACUACUACGACUAAUACUACUACUACUACUACCAAUAAUAAUAGUAGUAAUAAUAAUGUUAAUACUACUGGAAAUACUACUAAUAUAAAAGAUACUCAAUUUAAUAAUGAUUAUCCUUCUUCAAUUAGUACUACUGGUAUUUCAAACAGUGGUAAUACUUCUGUUAUAAAUUCUACUACAAAUCAAAGUCAAAAUAGUGUAACUUUGUUUAGCUUUUCAAAUGCAUCACAUUAUCUUGGUAUAUCUAAUUAUCUGUCAGAGAAUCGUGUAAUGUCUAGUUUACCAGGUAUAGAGAAUAAAUCUGGACAAAAUAUUAUUGAGAAAUCAGCUCCAAUUUAUCCAUUGGUCUGUCGAUCAUCAGGUGAUAAUAUACUUAGUGUAUAUAAAAUGGUUAUGGAAUUUAUUGAAGCUGUUGAAUGGGAAAUGAUUAAGUAUGCAGAAUUUACAGGACUACAUUCUACAGGUUUUUUACAGUCAGAUGUUAAUAAUGAUGAUCGUCUAAAGUGUCAACUGCGUGAACAACUUAAAAAUUUCAUUGAAAAUACUUAUCUUCCUGGGAAACUUUCUUCUCUACGUAAUAAACUCCAAAGAUCAAUUAAUUCUCCAGAUGCUUUGACAUCAGUUGUGUCGCAACAGACUAUUCGUGAACUGAAUCUUAGCAGACCAAUUCUAAUGAUUGUUCAUACUGUGGAUCAGUGUCUCGAAGAAGUACGAAAAAUGUCUAUUGCUUUACCGGAAUAUGCAAAUGGUUGUCUACCGAUUGGUUUAACGAUAUUGGAUGAUUUUAUCACUGCUGCUUGGAGGUUGUAUAAAAGUAUAGGUGAAGUUGAAAAAGGUGGUGUUCUGGCUGUGCCCAGUUCUGAAUGGUCAAAAGAUGAUGAUGUCAGUCGAUUUUGGAAAAAAUUUCCUUCAUGGCAACGUAUGGCUACACAAGAAGCACGUUUAUUAGCUAAUAAUACAAUUAUGGAGAGUACAUUUAAUAAAAAACGACAUUGUACAACUACUACAAUUAAUGAUGAAACAUUAAAGAAUAAAUCAAUUGAUAUAUACAAUUCAUUAGAAGAACAAAAAUCGAUCAAUACUAGAGAUAAUAAAACUUGUGAUAAUGAUACUAUAAUUACACCAGUCUGUGCAAUUGCUUUAGGUUUAUACAACAAUGAUAUCAAUAGUAAUACCAAUACAACAGCUAUAAUACCAUUUGCUAAUGGAUUAGCAAAUCAUACAGAUAAUACAGAUAACGCUGAUAAAGGCUUAGAAUAUAUGCGUCUACAUGGAAUAAUUCAUGAACGUGAAGCAACAAGGCUAGCUGUUGCUGAAACUGAUCAACUAAUCCAUAUGAUAAAAGAUGAAUUGCCUGAGAGUGAUAAUAAAUCUGAUCAAAUUUUACCUACUCUACGUAAUAUUCAAUUAAUUAAAGUUUUAGGCCGAUUAAGUGAAUCCAUGUGUUGGCUUUGUCAUCGUGUACUGAAUUUAGAUACAUGGGUACAAGGAACUAAAAAUUAUCCAAUCAAAUAUAAUAGUAAUAAUAAUCGUAAUAAUUCAACUUCAAGUAAUGGACCAUAUUCAUCUAUGGGUUAUUAUCAAUCAUUUAUUUCUUAUGCUAAAGAAUUGAAUCGAUUCUCUGAAGCAUGUCUACUUAUGACCUAUUUAGAAGUUCGUAUACAAGCAUAUAAUUAUUUUGGUACACUACCAGAUGAUGUUACUUAUUGGUGUCCAUUGGAUGAUGUUGAUGUAGAUAAAUAUGUAACAGAUUUCUUAUCAUUUAUUGAACAAGUUAAAGAUUUAUCUAUACAUACAUUUAGUCGACAUAAAUUUCGAUUUAUUUUCGACGGUCUUGGAGAUUUUAUAUCACAACUUUUGCUACGUUUAAUUCCACAAAUUGAAAGAAUGAAUUCAAAUGGUAACAAGAAAAUGUGUCGAAAUGUUUAUCGAUUACAACAAGCAUUGACAACACUAACUGAAAGUCAUGAAUCUGAUUUAAUUCGUGUAAAACAACUAUAUGAAUUAUUCUUUUUAACGCCUGAAUCUGUUGUUAAUCGUUUAAUGGAACAAGGCACAGCAUUUGAUCAUACAGUUUAUGCAAAUCUCUUAAAUUUAUAUCGUCGUAGUCAUUCAACGUAUGCUUACUCGAAAAUUCAAAGUUGUAUAGCUCGAUUAGCCACAAUUACGCAUAGUGGAUAA